AUGUCAUCCCUGGGUGCAAGGAGGGUCAUCAGGACUUAUUCGCGACAGAGAAAACAUUCGCUAUUCGAUGAGGAGCCUCCAGCGAAACGCAGACGCGUCGAGACAACAGUUGCGGCCAUUGAGACGAAAGAUACCGAGGAUGUCGCGCCUUCUUCUCCUCCCAGAGUCUCCAUACCCGCAGACGAUUCUUCGGGGCUUCCGUCAUCUAGUCCCAAAGAACCUAUCGCGAUAUUCUCAGAUGAGCCGCUUCGAUCUACUCCUCCGUCCUCUCCAGCUCAGACCUGUUCACCUCCUCCCCAAAGGAGACGCCCACUGUUCUCUUUCCUGAAGAGAGAACCCAAAUCCGGAUGCCCUGCAAAGGAGCCGCUCUCUGAACGAAGCCACAAUGUCCCGAGCCCGCCCAAACAACGUCCGAAGAAGAAGCGCUUGGUCCAGAUGCAGCUCGACCUUGUGGUUGAGCUUACGAAAACGUGCAAGGUCUGCGGCAUGGAGUAUAUUCCGUCGCACGCCGACGAUGCGGCGCUGCAUCGGAAGUUCCACGCGAUGAACGUUGGCGGCGUGGACAUCACCCGGGCGUUGGUCGAAAAGCUCAAGCAAAAUCAAGUCUGGUCCGGUGGAGACAGGAGCUUCGUCGCAGUCAUCAGCAAGAGGGAUACGCUUGCAAUGCGCAACAAGACUAGUGAGGUGCUAAAGGUCGUCAAUACGGAGCUAGGAGCGGUUCCCAUACCAGACGAGACAUUGUGGAGUCAGGUACGCAAUCCAAUAGCGGGGAACACGCAAGUACAGGGGGACGGGGCGCAGCAACCCUCAAAAGGAAAUGGGGAAUACUCGGCUAGCGACAGGUUUAAGGCCUACCUAUACAUCCGGGGCACCAAGUGCGUGGGAGCGUGUUUGACGGAAAGGAUUCAGGAGGCAUUUACAGUGCUGGACCAGGAUGACGCGUCUGAGCGUGCCGGUCAGCUCCCUGCUAAGUCCCACAGCUCUUCCAUUUCUAUCAGUAACACACCCGAACCGGCUAUUCUGGGCGUUUCGCGCAUAUGGACGUCCAACUUGCAUCGGAAACAUGGCAUCGCGACGGGGCUGCUGGAUUCCGCGAGGUCCGACUUUUUGUACGGCAUGACUGUCGAGAAGGCCAAGGUUGCGUUCAGUCAGCCCACAGAGAGCGGUGGGCAAUUGGCGCGGAAAUGGUUCGGCCGAGAGAGCGGAUGGCAUGUUUACAUCGAUUGA